GCCGGGAGGAGGCGUCGGCUCGCGUCGCUUUGAUGCUUGGAACCUGAACAAGGCCAGGACCAAGGUUCUUGAAUCUAUUUAAGAGGGCUUUCUUAAGGCAAAUGCAGAAGAGCACGAGGCUCACUGUGUGAGAACACUGUCUCCUUGCUAUCACCAUGAGUGCCUGGGAUCUCUUUGAGGCUCAACAGGUGUAGAAAACUCUGCAUAUGUUUUCUGGAACAGUGUAGCCUUGUCCUGCACUGGGAGACCUCUCUAGGUGUUGGUUUCAUGCUACAUAAAGGACCAUGGCAACCUCCAGAGCAUCCUCACGGUCCCCUCGGGACAUUGCCAAUGUGAUGCAGAGGCUACAAGAUGAGCAAGAGAUUGUACAGAAACGCACUUUCACAAAAUGGAUCAACUCUCAUCUGGCCAAGCGGAAACCUCCCAUGGUGGUGGAUGAUCUUUUUGAAGACAUGAAAGAUGGUGUCAAACUGCUUGCUCUCCUGGAGGUCCUGUCUGGGCAGAAACUGCCUUGUGAACAAGGACGCCGUGUGAAGCGUAUCCAUGCUGUGGCUAACAUCGGCACAGCACUCAAGUUCCUUGAAGGAAGGAAGUCCAUGUACAGAGGAUCACCGAUUAAGUUAGUCAACAUUAAUGCCACGGAUAUAGCUGAUGGUCGGCCGUCAAUCGUGCUUGGGCUGAUGUGGACCAUUAUUCUUUAUUUCCAGAUCGAGGAGCUGACCAGCAACCUGCCACAGCUACAGUCUUUGUCCAGCAGCACUUCCUCCAUGGACAGUAUGGUCAGCACGGAGACUGCCAGCCCACCGAGCAAACGCAAGGUGACCUCCAAGAUUCAAGGAAAUGCCAAGAAGGCACUGUUAAAGUGGGUUCAGCACAUAGCAGACAAGCAGAUCGGAAUAGAAGUGAAGGACUUUGGGCGGAGUUGGAGAAGUGGGCUUGCCUUUCACUCAGUUAUCCAUGCCAUCCGACCUGAGCUGGUGGACUUGGAGAAGGUGAAAGGCAGAUCUAACAGAGAAAAUCUGGAGGAUGCUUUCACUAUUGCUGAAAUACAACUGGGCAUCCCAAGACUGCUUGAUCCCGAAGAUGUUGAUGUAGACAAACCAGAUGAAAAGUCCAUUAUGACCUAUGUAGCCCAGUUUCUAACGCAUUACCCAGACAUCCACAAUGUGGGCACGGAUGGGCAAGAGAAUGAUGAAAUAUUUCCAGUUUUUCCAUCUUUUGCAAAUUCUAUCCAAAAUUGUAAGAGAGAAGACAGACUAAUUCUGAAGGAAACAAAAGUUUGGAUAGAACAAUUUGAGAGAGAUUUGACAAGGGCACAGAUGACAGAGUCAAAUCUGCAAGACAAAUAUCAGUCAUUUAAGCACUUCAGAGUUCAAUACGAAAUAAAAAAGAAACAGGUUGAACAUUUAAUACAACCACUGCACAGAGAUGGUAAAUUAUCACUUGACCAAGCUUUGGUAAAACAAUCCUGGGAUAGAGUGUCCUCCAGGCUCUUUGAUUGGCACAUACAGCUGGAUAAAUCUCUCCCUGCACCCCUGGGCACUAUAGGUGCCUGGCUGUACCGGGCUGAGGUGGCCCUGAGAGAGGAGAUCGCUAUUCAACAGGUCCAUGAGGAAACAGCAAACACUAUACAACGGAAACUUGAGCAACAUAAGGAUCUGCUUCAAAACACAGAUGUCCACAAAAGAGCAUUCCAUGAAAUCUACCGGACCAGGUCUGUUAAUGGGAUCCCAGUACCACCUGAUCAACUAGAGGACAUGGCUGAGAGGUUUCAUUUUGUAUCCUCCACUUCCGAGCUACACUUAAUGAAAAUGGAAUUUCUAGAAUUGAAGUACCGCCUGCUCUCGCUACUGGUUCUUGCAGAGUCAAAGCUGAAGUCUUGGAUCAUCAAGUACGGGAGGCGAGAAUCUGUGGAACUGAUGCUGCAGAACUACACCUCUUUUAUAGAAAAUAGCAAGUUCUUUGAACAAUAUGAAGUAACAUACCAGAUCUUGAAACAGACAGCUGAGAUGUAUGUCAAAGCGGAUGGUUCAGUGGAGGAAGCUGAGAACGUGAUGAAGUUCAUGAAUGAGACCACUGCUCAGUGGCGGAACCUCUCAGUGGAGGUGAGGAGCGUGAGGAGCAUGCUGGAGGAAGUGAUUUCCAACUGGGAUCGCUAUGGCAACACCGUGGCUAGCCUUCAAGCCUGGCUUGAAGAUGCAGAAAAAAUGCUAAGUCAAUCAGAAAAUGCCAAAAAGGAUUUUUUUCGAAAUUUGCCUCACUGGAUUCAGCAGCACACUGCCAUGAACGAUGCUGGCAAUUUUCUGAUUGAAACUUGCGAUGACAUUGUCUCCCGUGAUCUGAAACAGCAGUUACUAUUGCUGAAUGGACGAUGGAGGGAGCUGUUUAUGGAAGUUAAGCAAUAUGCACGAGCUGAUGAGAUGGACAGAAUGAAGAAAGAAUACACAAACUGUACUACCACCCUCUCUGGCUUUGCAACUGAAGCCCAUAAGAAACUUGCUGAGCCUUUAGAAGUCUCUUUUCUUAAUGUCAAGCUAUUAAUUCAAGACUUGGAGGAUAUUGAACAGAGGACAUCAGUAAUGGAUGCUCAGUACAAGAUGAUUACCAAGACAGCACAUCUCAUUGCCAAAGAAAGUCCCCAAGAAGAAGCUAAUGAAAUGUUUACAACUAUGUCCAGGCUCAAAGACCAACUAACCAAGGUUAAGGAAUGCUGCCCCCCACUCUUGUAUGAGGCUCAACAGCUCUCCAUUCCUUUGGAGGAACUGGAAAGGCAGAUCACAUCCUUCUAUGAUUCUCUUGGGAAGAUCAAUGAGAUUAUAUCCAUUCUGGAGCAUGAGGCACAAUCUAGUGCUCUUUUCAAACAAAAACACCAGGAACUGAUAGCUUACCAAGAAAACUGUAAGAAAUCCUUAACACUCAUCGAGAAGGGCAGUCAAAGUGUUCAGAAGCUUGUGACCCUGAGCCACAUGUUAAGGCACUGGGAUCAGACAAAACUGCAAAGACAGAUUGCAGACGUGCAUCAUGCCUUCCAGGAUAUGAUCAAGAAAACUGGAGAUUGGAAGAAGCACGUGGAAGCCAAUAGUCGCUUGAUGAAGAAAUUUGAGGAAUCUCGGGCCGAGCUGGAGAAGGUGCUCCGGGUGGCUCAGGAGGGCCUGGAGGAGAAGGGAGACCCUGAAGAACUCCUUAAGAGACACACUGAAUUCUUCAGCCAACUGGAUCAAAGGGUCCUCAAUGCAUUUCUGAAAGCCUGUGAUGAGCUCACUGACAUCCUCCCUGAGCAGGAGCAGCAGGGGCUGCAGGAGGCAGUGAGGAAACUACAUAAACAGUGGAAGGACCUGCAGGGAGAGGCCCCUUAUCAUCUGCUCCAUCUGAAAAUUGCUGUGGAGAAGAACAGAUUCUCAGCCGCUGUAGAAGAAUGCAAAGCCGAGCUGGACAGAGAAACCAAGCUGGUGCCCCAGGAAGGCAGUGAGAAGAUCAUUAAGGAGCAUAGAGUUUUCUUCAGUGACAAGGCUCCUCAUCAUCUCUGUGAGAAGAGGUUACAGCUCAUUGAAGAAUUGUGUGUGAAACUCCCAGUCCGGGACCCAAUCAGGGACACACCUGGAGCUUGUCACGCAGCUCUCAAAGAGCUCCAUGCUUCCAUUGACAGCACUUACGUGAAGCUCAUGGAAGACCCAGACAAGUGGAAGGACUAUGCCGGCAGAUUUGCCGAGUUCUCAUCUUGGAUAUCUGCAAAGGAGGUACAGUUGAAGGCCAUCAAGGAUGAGAUCAUCGACACUGCCAACCAUGGCGAGGUUAAGCGUGCUGUAGAUGAGAUCAGAAAUGAUGUUACCAAAAAAGGCGAGACUCUUAGCUGGCUGAAAUCUAGGCUUAAAAUUUUGAUUGAAGUUUCUUCUGAGAAUGAAUCCCAAAAGCGAGGAGAUGAGCUGGCGGAACUAUCCAGCUCUUUCAAGGCUCUGCUGGCUCUGCUGUCAGAGGUUGAAAAGAUAUUAAGCAACUUUGGAGAAUGCGUUCAGUACAAAGAAAUAGUGAAAAGUUCCCUUGAGGAGUUAAUGUCUGGCUCCCAAGAAAGCCAGGAGGAGGCCGAGAAGAUCCUGGACACAGAGAAUCUGUUUGAAGCACAGCAGUUACUCCUUCAUCACCAGCAAACGACAAAGAUGAUCUCAGCAAAGAAGAGAGACCUGCAACAGCAGAUGGAGCAGGCCCAGCAGGGAGCUGCAGGGCAGGCUGACCCUGGCCAAGAGGAGCUGCGGAAGUUAGAGAGCACUCUUACAGGCCUGGAGCAGAGCAGGGAGAGGCAGGAACGCCGCAUUCAGGUCAGCUUGAGGAAAUGGGAGCGAUUUGAGACAAACAAAGAGACGGUAGUCAGAUACCUUUUCCAAACAGGUUCCAGCCAUGAACGCUUCCUGAGUUUUAGCAGUUUGGAAAGCUUAUCUUCAGAACUGGAACAGACAAAGGAGUUUUCUAAGAGGACAGAAAGCAUCGCAACCCAGGCUGCAAACCUCGUGAAGGAAGCAUCAAAGAUUCCACUGGGGCCCAGGAAUAAGAAGCUGCUUCAGCAGCAGGCCAAGUCAAUCAAACAGCAGGUCAAAAAAUUAGAAGGCACGCUUGAAGAAGAGUACGUGCCUCACACGUCCUAAGUUUCUUCCUCUGACAGGAAUUUCAUGCAGGCUCUCGUGUGUCUUGUAUUCAAAACAGUCUUUGAAAACUCCUAAGUGUCUGUACAUUUCAACUUGCCUUGAGGAAGCAACUCACAAUUCAAAAGAAAAUACAUCUUCAUCCUAGGAACCAAUAUCUAUAACAACAAAAGUAUAGGAGGGAUGUGGUAUUUGAAUCUUUAUUUUCAUGAGUAAGCCAUAGCUAUUGAAUUAUGUGGCCUUCGUACAAUGCAGGAGAAAUCUAAAAAAAUAACCCAUAUUUGUCUUUUUACUAUUUUGUUCUGCUGUUACCUGUUAGAUGGAAGGGAGGAACUUUGAAGGCAGAGCUACCAGACCGAAGCACACAUCAGGCACAAUAAAUACUGCCAACUCAAAGCUCAUAAGCUUAUUCAAUAGUGCCCCAGUGGUCAAAUUACCACUGAUUCAUAUGCCAUUUCCAGAAUUACCUUAAAAGUCUAUUUUAUUUUUUAAAUAUUUAACAUUUAUCUGAAAAAGAAAAAGUGACCUUUUGGCCUUAUGCUAGGCUUUUAUAUAGAGGAUUUGAAGGAGAUAAACUUCUGAUAUCCUGCUCGAUAAUCUCCAAAUUAACACGGCUAGCAUUUUUAACUUAGUGAUCCAUCUAAUAUAUAGCCUAUGACUCUUAAAAAUAGGACCACACUUACAUGACAGAUUUGGAAAAAAAUUGUU